AUGACGUCUAUGACAUUUGGCCAGAAAAAGUUUAUCCCGACUGCACCGGAAAAGGGUAGCUUCCCGCUGGACCACGGCGGCCAGUGCCGGAAGCUGAUGCUGUUCUAUAUGCGCUGCCUGCGAGAGAACGCCGACGAUAAUUCUGCCUGCCGGGAGGAAUCGAAAGCAUACCUGCAGUGCCGCAUGGAUCACGAUCUGAUGGCACGGGAAGACUUCUCCAAGCUAGGCUACAGCAGUGAGAAAAGCAGUGAAAACAAACCGGAACAAUCUUAACGUCCCUAAACACCAAAAACCAGAAAUAGAGUUUAAGCCCCGGGUCUCGUGUAGUGCAUUUUGUCAUUGAACGUUGUUAGAAGAAGCUCUGUGAAGAAUACCCUCGAUAAUAGUAAACCAAUAGCACCGAAUCGAAAUGAAGGUGAAGAAAAACAUCCUCGUCGGCUGUACCGGAAGUGUGGCCACGAUCAAGCUUCCCCUGCUGGUGGAAAAACUGCUCCAGCUGACCGAGUUCGAGGUGGAAGUACACGUGAUCGUAACCGAGCAUGCCCGGCAUUUCUUCUCGCCGCAGGAUCUGCCGGCCGCGGUCACACUCCACACGGACGCGGAAGAGUGGACGAGCUGGCAGAAGCGGGGCGACCCGGUCCUGCACAUCGAGCUGGGCAAGUGGGCCGACCUGCUCGUGAUUGCACCGCUCGAUGCUAACAGCCUCGCCAAGAUGGCCAACGGGCUGUGCGAUAAUUUGCUGCUCUGUACGACACGCGCCUGGGAUCCGACGAAACCGUUGCUCUUCUGUCCCGCGAUGAACACGCGCAUGUGGGAACAUCCGAUUACGGCGACACAGAUCGGUACGCUCAAGUCCUGGGGCCACCGGGAGGUGCCGUGCAUUGCGAAAACGCUCAUGUGCGGCGAUACGGGGCUGGGUGCUAUGGCCGAAGUGGAUACGAUCGUUAGCACGAUCAGGGACACGCUGUCGAUGGAGCAGAGUUGAGAUUUAAUGGAAUAAAUGGUUAUGUUUCUUUUUUUCUGAA